AGACGAUUUUCGUUAGAAGGGAAAGUUGCUCUGAUCACCGGCGGUAGCGGAAUCGGCGAGUGCACGGCGAGGCUCUUCUGUCAGCAUGGAGCGAAAGUAGUCAUCGCUGAUGUCCAAGACGAGCUCGGUAACUCCGUUUGCAGCGAUCUCGGCGGCGCUGCCUCUUUCAUUCAUUGCGAUGUCACGAAUGAAGACGAUGUCAGCAAAGCAGUCGACCACGCUGUGGAAAAGUUCGGGCAGCUCGAUAUCAUGUUCAACAACGCUGGUAUCACCGGUCCCGCAAUUCCCAGCACGGUUGACUACCCAAAAUCCGACUUCGAGCGAGUCCUCAGCAUCAACUUGACGGGCGCGUUCCUCGGCACGAAACACGCAGCCCGCGUCAUGAUCGCGCGCGCGCAGAGGCGCAUACGUCGCCACCAUCAGCGAUGGCGCGGGGCGACUUGAAAGGGGGUCAUCCUUAAGAAGGAGGACGUCGCGAAUGCGCUGCUGUUCUUGGCCAGUGACGAUUCGAGGUACGUUAGCGGGCAUAAUCUGGUGGUGGAUGGGGCCUUUUCGGUCGCGAAUGGGGGGAUUGAUGUGUUCAAGGGGAUGUGAUUUGGUCGUGGUUUAUGUUUUAAGCCAUUUAAAUAUGUGAGCUCAGCAAAUAUUAGCUGGUGUUGCUGCUAGCCACUUACAUUUUUAAGGUUGUUAAAUGAUUCUCCGCAGUAUGGUGAAAUAAUUGGAUUGAGGUGUGUUUGCCUAAACUGAUUGUUGCGCUACCAUAAACUGUUGUCCAUGUGUCGCCAUUAUUGGAUAGAUAUUU